AUGACUUUUUGUUUUUAUUGUGGGAGAAUAGGGCAUAGUGACAGAGCCUGUGAGUUUAAGAAGUUAGAUGUUCAGAGGAAAAUCACUAGAGCUGGCCAGUUUGGAGAUUGGCUCAGAGGAAACUUUGUGAAUUUUAGUGACUCAAGGGAGUAUAGAUCUUCUAGUCAGGGUAAUACAAUUGGGCAAACCACAGAGUCCAGUAAGGCUAAGGAAAUUGUUCCUCAAAGGGGAAGUCUUGUGGGUAGUAGGAGUCCUAUACAACAGGUGAAUAGGUUAGGGUCAAUAGGGGGUGUGAACAAUAAUACUGAUAAGGAGUGUGGGGAGUUGGAGUUAUUAGGGAAUAAUCAAGAGGCCCCUGAAGAUCAUGUGCAGGAUCUGCAGGGUAACAAAGGUAGUAGCAGCCCCCAUAUGGAGAUGGAUGGAACACCAAUGUUGGUGCUUGAAUCCCCUAAUAUGGUGGAGGUUAUUGUGAAUCAAGAUGCUACAAAUCCUUCUCUUUCAACAAAGAAAAAAACUUUUGUUAGAAUAGCUAGAACUAAACAUGCAGAAGGCAGUCCUACGUCUCCUGAAGGGCAAGAGAGUGGGAUGGGACCUUCUCAGGAAGGAAUUCUCCUUAAAAGAAAAGAGCCAGAGGGGGUGUCUGAAGUGGCUACUUAUUUUGGGGAGCAGGAGAGGCAGGGAGUAGGGGGGGUCUUAGGAUCAACCAGUGCUACUGUUUCUUCUUCCACAGAUGCAAUGCAGCAAGGUCAAGCUUGGAAUGAAGGAGGAGAAGAGGAUACUACUCCAGAUCGACGAAGACGUUCCAGCAAGGUGGCCAGGCAGGCGGGCGCCGGCAGGCCGCAGCCGCGCACAGGCGUGGCCAGCAGCAACAUCAUCCCGCGAAGCCCGGUCCCAGCCCGCGAGGCCCAACAUCAGUCCGCGAGCCCGUCAGGCCGUGGCCCAAAACACCUUCAAGGCGAGAAGAUUACGUAUCUGAAAGAAAAAAUCGAUGAUUUUGAGGGUGUGGAGACCGAUUUAAAGGCAAGCGUCAAGGAUAUGAGGAGAGUGCUCGGCGAGAGAGACGAGAUGUUGAAUUUCAUGAGCAAAGGCGGUUGUGAAGCGACGGUGACGGCAACAUCAGUGGUGGAGAAAGCUAUGGUGGCGUGGAAUUGA